UGAACGUAACGAUGGACUAACCUGCGCCUGAGUAAAAGUUACUUUGUCUGACACGUGACUUGCGUACAUUAAAGACCUUUCAUCUACCGUUUGAAUUUCACUUUCGGUUAUACAGCGAAAUAUGGGCGAUAUGAAAAACAUCUUAUUUGAAGCAUAAGGAAACAUUGCGUCGAGAGAAAAGGCAAAUAAUAGUGAACAUUCCGCUCUAGGUGGCAGCAGAGAGUAGAAAGGGAGCAGCAGCCAUCUUGUGAACACAAUGUUCUGAAAUCUGCAAGUAUCUUUUUCAAACUUCCCAGGAUUAUUGUACAGGACAGUGGUUCUCAAACUGUGGGGCACAAGAUGAUUUUUUGAAUAUUCCACAAUAAAGUUGAUAUUGUUUGUUCAUCAUCAGCCCCCCUGCUUGGCAAAUUUUAUCAGUAGCCAGUCGGUGAAAUGCAUCAUGGGGAAUUCUGCAAAAUUUAUUGUAGGGGAACGUAAUUAAAGUUGGGUGUCAGAGAGCAGGGACUGAGUGAUGAUCCAUGCGGAGGCUUAUAGACCAAAGGGCUUUAUUUAGAAAUGAAACACAAACUACACACAAAACCAAAAGGACCACUGGGACAAAACCAAAGGCAGGUACGGCAGGAAGGAUACCAGGCUAGGAAUAACACUUAGGGAAACACUGGGCUAUGUACAACAUUAACUGGGGUCUAAAACACAGAUAACACUAACAAACUAUAAGCAUGUACAUAACACUAACAAUGGCUGACUGAGAACCAAGGCAAGGGUAGGUACUUAUAUACAUGGAUGAUGAGGCUGAAUAAGUUAGAGGGGCAAGUAAUGAACCACUUAACGAGCAGAUUAGGGCUGAGAAUAUGGAGGAAGACAGGAUGACCAGCGACAUGUGCAGGCCGAAAGGGAACAUGAUGGACACGGUCCCACAGUUCAAGGUCCUUUGCACCCAGUCAGACAUGGAGCAGCAGUUCAUGGUUACCCAGGAUGUCAAUAUGCCAAACAUCACCAAUGACAGCGAGCUUAACAGGGAGGGCACUGGGCCAGCUGGUGAGGAGAGUGAAUCUCAUCAAGAAAUGACUGAACCAGCAAUGGAACUUUUCCCAGGCUCAUCUGGAGAUCUUCCUCUUAAGAUCCAGCAGAUCCUUUGCAGUGAGCUGGAUAUGGAGCAGGAACCAAUGGCUACCCAGAAUGCCAGUAUGCCAAAUUUUGCCAGUGACAGUGAGCAUUUCAAGGAGGGCAAUGAGUCAGCUGGUGAGGAGAGCGAAGCUGAUGGGUUUGUGCUUGUACCACGAAUGGGACAUUCCACUGGCCCCACUGAAGGAACUACAUUGUUUUCUGUGAUUCAAAUACUUUCCCUCUUCGUGUCAAAGUGGAAUUACAUCAACUCAAGUGAGCUUUUGUCUACAGUAUUCUCAAAGAUAUACUCAAACCCUUCAGUGAAAGCCCAUACAGUGAUUGCCGGAGAAACCUUCAAUACUCAUGAGACCUUCAUUCAAAAGCUGAAGCUGCAGAUAGAGCUCUGCAGUGCAGAGAGCAGCAGUGUCAUCCUGGUCUUCUGUCCUGUUGUUUCUCGGAUUGGGACAGACAUGGAGGUAUCGAUGACCAGAGUUCCAGAUAAUAAACCUGUCAUCCUGGUGUUCAUGCACCACUGUCACAGCCCCAGUCACAUGACCAACAUCACAGUGCAACCAUGCAGAAGCAACAUAGUGCAAAUCGUCCAAUGCGCCUUCCAUGAAUCUAAAGGGCUGCUGCAAUGUCAGGAAAAUGAACAGGCGGUCGCAAAGGUGCAGCCAACACUGCUGAGGUAUGUUGAUUUACAUGCUGAGGUCCCACAGUCCAGCACUGAACCAGUGGGAGAGAGGAGUAAAUCCCAUCAAUGCAAGGAUGUAAGAAAAAAGGAAGAUUCUAGUGGCUCCUCUGGAGUCCCAGAGUUCAAGGUUCGUUGCACCUACUUGCAUAUGAAGCAGCAGCCAAUGGCUACCCAGGAUGUCAACAAGCCAAACAUCAGCAAUGACAGCGAGCGUCUCAAGGGGUGCAAUGAGCCAGCUGGUGAGGAGAGAGAAGCUGAUGGGUGGGUGAUUGUGUCACGAAUGGGACAUUCCACUGGCCCCUCUGAAGUGAAAGUCCAUAUGCUGGUUGCUGGAAAUACUUUCAAUUUCCAUGAUACCUUCAUGGAAAAGCUGAAGCUGCAGAUAGAGCGCUGCAGUGUAGAGAGCAGCAGUGUCAUCCUGGUCUUCUGUCCUGUUGUUUCUCGGAUUGGGACAGACAUGGAGGCAGCAAUGGCCAGAGUUACAGGAAACAAACCUGUCAUCCUGGUGUUCAUGCACCACUGUCGCGAUCCCAGUCACAUGACCAACAUCACAGUGCAACUGUCCAAGGGCAACAUAGUGCAAGUCAUCCACUGUGCCUUCCAUGAAUCUAGAGGGCUGCUGGAUUGCCAGGAAAAUGAGCAGGCAGUCAACGCUGUGCGCUCAACACUGCUGAGCAAGGAGAGAAUCAAGUUAGAUGGCGAGGAGAGUGAAUUUGACGGGUGGGAGAUAAUAUCACUGUCGGAACUUUCCACUAUCCCCUCUGGAGUGUCCACAUGGUUAUCUGCAGUGGUCUCAUGGCUGUGCCCAAAUACUUCAGUGAAAGCCCAUACACUGGUUGCUGGAGAAACCUUCAAUACUCAUGACACCUUCAUUCAAAAGCUGAAGCUGCAGAUAAAGCUCUGCAGUGCAGAGAGCAGCAAUGUCAUCCUGCUCUUCUGUCCUGUUGUUUCUCGGAUUGGGACAGACAUGGAGGCAGCAAUGGCCAGAGUUACAGAAAACAAACCUGUCAUCCUGAUGUUCAUGCACCACUGUCAUGAUUCCAGUCACAUGACCAACAUCACAGUGCAACCGUCCAGGAGCAACAUAGUGCAAGUCGUCCACUGUGCCUUCCAUGAAUAUAAAGGGCUGCUGGAAUGUCAGGAAAAUGAGCAGGCAGUGAAAGCAGUGCGAUCAACACUACUGAGGUACAAGUGAAGAAACAGACAUGUAAGGGAAGCUUAGGUUAGCAUUACUGAGUAGCGUGUGCAUGAUUUUAAUCAGUUUUGCUCAUUUAUACUCUGAGUUUAUAGUAUCCUUAAUCAUAGCAUGUCAGCUUGCUCACUCAUCUGAAUUUAUGGUUUACUCAUUAAUAAUUAUUAGCAGCAGACAUGGUGAAGAGAUGUGAAGAACUAGUCUUGGGAACCAGAAUGUUGCAGGUUUGGGUGCCAGUGGAGAUCAGUGCAGUGACACCAUAGACUGUGUUACCAAACCUGAGCUGCUUUACUGACCAGUACUACUAGAUAGAGGAAGAUGAGAAAAAUAAGCCUGUUGAAGUCGCCUUCUAAUAGUGAGUGUAUUAAGAAAGAUAAUGGUGUGAUUAUUCUGCAGAGGAGUUGAAAUAUGUACUGUAUACGGAAUGUUUCUGGUUGGGGAACACCUACUAUGUAUGCAUGCAAAAUACACACACACACACACACACACACAUAUAUAUAUAUAUAUAUGUAUAUAUAUAUAUAUAUACAUUCACUCCUUUUUUUUAAAG